CAUCGCGUGCACAGUCACUUGUCUUUCGUCUGCUGUGGACUUAUGUUUGUUUUGAAUCUCUGAAGUGUCAGUUUGGAGUGCAAGUAGUGAUCAUGGCCGAUGAAGACAAUUCCUCCGACCGCGUCGACAACGAAACGCCUAAACCCGAGAAGAUGUUCACUCUCAAGAAGUGGAAUGCUGUCGCGAUGUGGAGCUGGGACGUGGAGUGCGACACUUGCGCCAUAUGCCGUGUGCAAGUCAUGGAUGCGUGCCUUCGAUGCCAGGCGGAAAGCAAGGCGGGCAGUGGGCGUCAGGACUGCGUCGUCGUGUGGGGCGAAUGCAACCAUAGCUUCCAUUAUUGCUGCAUGUCACUGUGGGUGAAACAGAAUAAUCGCUGCCCACUGUGCCAGCAAGAAUGGAGCAUCCAGCGUAUGGGCAAAUAAGAAUGUUUGGGAGUGGAUUAUUCAAUUCUAAUAGAAUAUAGACAAUAAAUUUUUUCUUUUCUAUUUUA